AUGGAGUGUGGAAAGAGCUUCACCGAUAGUGGAACAUUUAGAAAACAUCAACGGACUCACACAGGAGAGAAACCAUUCAAAUGCAUGGAAUGUGUAAAGAGCUUCAGUCAGAGUAGAAACCUUAGAAUCCAUCAAUGGAUUCACAAAGGGGAGAAACCAUUUAAAUGUUUGGAGUGUGGAAAGAGUUUCAGUACGAAUAGAAGACUGAAUAUUCAUCAUAAAACUCACACUGGGGAAAAACCAUUUGAAUGUAUGCUGUGUGAUAAGAGCUUCACUGAGAGUAGAACACUUAGAAUCCAUCAUCGAACUCACACAGGGGAAAAACCAUAUAAAUGUAUGGAUUGUGGAAAGAGAUUCAGUCACAGUGAAACACUGAGAAAACAUCAACGGACUCACACAGGGGAGAAACCAUUUAAAUGCAUGGAAUGUGGAAAGAGCUUUAUUGAUGGUACAGCACUUAGUAUCCAUCAUCAAACUCACACAGGGGAGAAACCAUUUGAAUGUAUGGUAUGUGGAAAAAGCUUCAAUCGCAGUGGAACACUUAGAAUCCAUCAACGGACUCACACAGGGGAGAAACCAUUUAAUUGCAUGGAGUGCGGUAAGAACUUCCCUGAUCGUGGAGCACUUAGAAUCCAUCAACGGACUCACACAGGGGAAAAACCAUUUGAAUGUAAAGAGUGUGGAAAGGGCUUCACUUCUAGUGGAGCAGUAAGAAGACAUCAAUGGACUCACUCAGGGGAAAAACCAUUAAAAUGCAUGGAAUGUGGAAAGAGUUUUAUUGAGAGGAGAGACCUGAGAACCCAUCAUCGAACUCACACUGGGGAGAAACCAUUUAAAUGCACUGAGUGCGGAAAGAGCUUCAAUCGCAGUGGAACACUUAGAAAACAUAAAUGGACUCACACAGGGGAGAAACCAUUUAAAUGUAAGGAGUGUGGAAAGGGCUUCACUGAGAGUACAAAACUUAGAAUCCAUCAUCGAACUCACACAGGGGAAAAACCAUAUAAAUGUAUGGAUUGUGGAAAGAGAUUCAGUCAGAUUGGACAACUUAGAAACCAUCAACGAACCCACACAGGGAAAAAACCUUAUAAAUGUAUGGCGUGUGGAAAGAGCUUCACCGAUAGUGGAACAUUUACAAAACAUCAACGGACUCACACAGGGGAGAAACCAUUUGAAUGUAUGGAAUGUGGAAAGAGCUUCACUUCUAAUGGAGCAGUAAGAAGACAUCGAUGGACUCACUCAGGGGAAAACCAUUUAAAUGCAUGGAAUGUGGAAAGAGUUUUAUUGAGAGUAGAGAGCUGAGAACCCAUCAUCGAACUCACACUGGGGAGAAACCAUUUAAAUGCACAGAGUGCGGAAAGAGCUUCAAUCGCAGUGGAACACUUAGAAAACAUCAAUGGACUCACACAGGGGAGAAACCAUUUAAAUGCAUGGAAUGUGGAAAUAGCUUUAUUGAUGGUACAGCACUUAGUAUCCAUCAUCAAAUUCACACAGGGGAGAAACCAUUUAAAUGUAAGGAGUGUGGAAAGGGCUUCACCAGUGUUGGAAAUGUUAGAAGACAUCAACGGACUCACACGGGAGAAACCAUUUAA